AUGGGUAGCAGUUGUUCAAAUUCCUGUUGUUUCUCUUUCUCAUUUCACCAGGUUGGAGGACUAUCAAGAGUGAUUACUAACGCCCUUCAAAGUGUCAAAUCAGUCUCGCCGUUCGGUUUGGUCUGUAUAAUCACUAUCCUUGGUGCCAGCAUAACUGAGAUUGUUUCCAACUCCGCCACGGUCACUAUCCUCGUGCCCAUCAUGUUUGAUCUGGCCAAAUCUAUCAACGUUCAUCCGUUUCUGCUGAGUCUUCCACUGACAAUCGCAACUUCGCUCGCAUUUAUGUUACCUGCAGCCACCGCGCCAAAUGCAAUCGUCUAUUCCAAAGGCCGCGUCAAACUUGUUGACAUGGUAAUCCCAAAGUUAUUUACUCUCAUCGCCCAUUCCUGUCACCUGAAUGUCAGUAUCUGGUCGAUAGUGGCUGUUUUUGCUUCAGUUUGA